UUAAUGCCGAUUUGACGUUUGGCGCGAGUGAAACAGUGAAAAGUUUUCAGGUCGAAGUAAUUCAUAGGAUUUCUCUUUUAUUUGAGAUAAACAUUAAUUUAUAUUUUAAUAACUAACAUAAGCGACGUUUAUUCUUUUAUGUAGCGGCCCUAAUGUUCAUGUCGCGGUGUUUAUGAAGGAAUUUAUUUUGUAAAUAAAAGCAGGCUCGUGUGUGUGUUUUGUGUAGUAACGUACUGGAUAAACAGUAAUGGAUCGAUAUAAUGAAGUAAAAAUCAUUCUGAAGAAAUGGGAGCAAAGUUUCUUUCAAACAAACAGUAGAAAGCCAAAUAAGGAUGACAUUGAUAAAGCUCCAGAGGAGACGAGACAGCUCUAUAAAGAGUACAGAAGUCUUAAAGAAGCAAAAGAAAGAAGCAGCACAGCGCAGGAGGACCACAUGAAAACACAAGAGAGUCAAUCAUCUGAUUCUGGGUGUUGGGGAUCUCAUCUGAGUCGUAAAAAUCUGCCGGCUGCUGUACCAAAACUGACAUCACAAGAUAAAGAGAAUCUGAAGGCCUCUGCUCAGUAUUUUGGCAUGAAACUCAAGACCAAUAUUGGAGGUUUAACAAAGGAAAGACCAUUUUCUUUAAAAAAAGCAGCAACUCCUCGUCAGACUCCCUCCAAAACAUUAAAAAACACUGCAGACGUCAACACCCCACCACCAGAUGUUAAAUCUUACACGCCAAAACAAGCAAACACGUGUCCUGAUCCCGAUGCUGCUCCUGUACAGACGGCCAGUGCAGAAUUUGAGGAAGAGCCAUCGGAUCCUUUUCCUUCGUUCACGCCCUCUAAAUCCCGGCCUUCGGCUGUAGGAACUGCACACAAGAGCGUGGAGAAGGUCCAAUUCCUGAAGCAGUUGAUGACAAAAAGGCUUACCUGUGUGGACAGUGGUUGGUUAGCACGCUGCCAGGUCUUUGAUGAAGUGGAGGAACCUCAGAAGCCUGUAGUUGGGAAUAUGGAGCCGACUGAAAACCAGGAGCUUUUACAACGUAGUUUUAGUAGUGUAACCACAUCAGAUGAAAGUAAAGCAGCUUCAGGGGGUGAAUCACAAAUAGAUCCUGUGAAAUCUCAAGUGAAGGCCAAUGUGACUUUGGAUGCUGAACUUGGGACUGAUGAAAGGGUAAAUUACAAAAGCAGGGAGGUUAUGGGAGACCCCGACACAAACUCUGAAGAGGCCGAAUCUCUCCCGGUUACUAAGAAACACAGACAGAAGGUCAGAAAAAGACAAGAUUUUGAUGAAAGAUCACAGGUUGACAAUGCAAAAAAGAAAAAAGGUCAAAAAAGACAAAGAGAAGCUGAGGAUGAGGAAGAUAACUCUGAGGAGGAGAAGAAAGGAGGAGUGAAAAAGAGAAGAAGAACCAAAAAAGAAGAGGUGGCUGAGGGGGAUCUGCCUAAAAAAGGAGGGAGGAGGAAAGGAAAAGCUAUUGAGGAUGAGACGGAGGAUCCUGUGGUGGAAAAGAAAAUAAAGAAAAAAGUGAUACCUCAAGAAAAUCUACUGGGAGAGGUGGAUGAGGAAGAGACGAGAGCGGCCUACAGGAUGAAGAACACAGUCGGUGUCAGAUCGACCAAAAACGCAGAUGGAAACUUUGUGAAGAUCAAUCUGAAGAAGAAGUCACACGUUAAAGGUUUUGCUUUGAGAGGAGCUGCAUUGAGGAAACAGAUGUACAUGCAGAAGUUCCAGCUGAAGGGCGAGAGGUUUGGUGGCGGGUUCGGGAGAGGAAGAGGGCGUUUCGGCGGCUUCAAUCGUCAAGGUGACACCUGCUACAAGUGUGGUGGUUCGGGACACUGGGCCCGAGACUGUCGAGGAAGAGCUCCUGCCGUGAGUUCUGCAGAACAACAAGAAACCCCAGCAGAGGAGGAAGAGGAGGAGUUUGACCUGCCCACGCUUGAAGAUGUCGCCAGGGCAACUGGAACUCUGCGCUCAGAGCCUAUUGUGGCAUCUCCCGGCGUGGGCUUGGACACAAAGGAGAAGGAGGAGGAAGGGGCGGAGAAACUGCUUAACAUCAUCAGACCCGACUAUGAGCGUCCCGCCCCUCCGCCGCCCAUGGAGCCUCUUUACCCACUGAAGGAUGAUGGGAAAGUUCAGGAUGUGCCUCCAGAUGUUUAUGAAGCUCUGCGGGACUUUGGAUACAAAUCUUUCAGGCCUGGUCAGGAGAUGGCCAUAAUGAGAAUCCUAUCAGGUCUGUCCACGCUGGUGGUGUUGUCCACUGGUAUGGGGAAGUCUUUGUGUUAUCAGCUUCCUGCAUAUCUGUACGCUCAGAGGUCAAAUUGCAUCACGCUGGUCGUGUCUCCUCUGGUGUCUCUGAUGGAUGAUCAGCUCUCUGGACUCCCGCCCAAGUUAAAAGCCGCCUGCAUUCACUCCAACAUGUCUAAGAAACAGAGAGAGACAGCCAUAGAAAAGGUGAAGGCGGGUCAGGUUCACGUCCUGCUGUUAUCUCCUGAAGCUCUGGUUGGUGGCGGUCACUCCGGGUCAGGUUGUCUUCCUCCGGCAGAUCAGCUUCCCCCGGUGGCCUUCGCUUGUAUCGAUGAGGCUCAUUGUGUGUCUGAAUGGUCGCACAACUUCAGGCCCUGCUACCUGAGACUGUGCAAGGUACUUCGGGAUCGUUUGGGCGUGCGUUGUCUGCUGGGUCUCACCGCCACGGCCACUCUGUCGACAGCGCUGGACAUCGCCCGUCACCUGGACAUCAGUGAUCAGGACGGCAUCGCUGUCCGCUCUGCUGCCGUCCCAAACAACCUUCAGCUGUCUGUGUCCACGGAGAGAGACCGAGAUCAGGCGCUGGUAUCUUUGCUGAAGGGUGAACGGUUUGGUGCCUUAGAGUCGGUUAUCGUGUACUGCACCAGACGAGAGGAGACGUCUCGCAUCGCCGCGCUACUGCGCACCUGUCUGCAGGGUGUGAUGCUGAAAGAGUCCUCCAAACCCGCACCUGAGGAUGACGAUAACCCUGUGGGGAAGAAGAAGAAAGCUUUGGCCAGGAAGAAGAUCCGUAAACCGCUGAAGUGGAUUGCUGAGGCGUACCACGCCGGUAUGUCUGCGUCGGAGAGACGGCGGGUACAGAAUAACUUCAUGUGCGGUGAGCUGCGUGUGGUGGUGGCCACCGUGGCUUUUGGAAUGGGUCUGGACAAAUCCGACGUGCGGGGCAUCAUCCACUACAACAUGCCUAAGAGCUUUGAAAGCUACGUGCAGGAGAUCGGGCGUGCGGGGCGUGACGGGCACCCGGCGCACUGUCAUCUGUUUCUGGAUCCAGAGGGUGCAGAUCUGCACGAGCUGCGCAGACACAUCUAUGCAGACACAGUGGAUUAUUAUACUGUAAAGAAACUGGUUCAGAAGGUCUUCCCACCAUGCAAAUGCAGACAGAUUCAUCAGAAACAUCAAAAUCUGACACAGGUCGCAGAAGUGUCUGACAGUGAACUGCUGGAGAUGGAGGUCUGUGAGACGGAGACGCCAACUCUAACAGACGAACAAACACAAGAGACGCAGAACCAACCAAUGACAGCAGAUGGAGAGAUGAGAGAGUCCAUUACAUCACAGAAAGAGGGGGAGGAGCCAAACGAGAGUGACGUGUGUGUUCAGAGAGUGUGUCAUACGCAUGAGAGAGCCAUUCCUAUGCAGGAGACAGUGGAGACGCUGGACAUCACUGAAGAAAGUGUGGAAACUCUGUUGUGUUACCUGGAGCUUCAUCCUCAGCAGUGGGUGGAGCUUCUUCAUCCGACUCUCUCCGUCUGCAAGCUGCAGUGCUACGGCGGUCCGCAACAACUCCGCAAAAUCACUAAACUGUGUCCGCCGGUCGCCGUGAUGCUGGCGAGGAUGCGUUUAGCCGGUGAGCGUGUGGAGUCAUGUGACUCUCUGGAGUUUGAUGCGGUGGAGCUGGCGGACACGAUGGGCUGGCAGCUUCCUCUGGUCAAGAGAGGCAUGAGAUCACUGCAGUGGGGUUCAGGUUCAUAUGGAGGCACAGGGCGUAGCGGUAUCCAUGUGGAGUUCUCCGGUCUGUCUUUCUACUUGCGUUCUUAUGGAGAUCUGACAGCAGAUGAACUGGACGCGGUUUGUGCUUUCCUGCAUGGACGAGUGAUGGCCCAAGAGAGGACGCAGCUGUAUCAGCUCAAAACUUGUUUUAAAGCCUUCCGCAGUGUUGCGUAUCGUAACUGCAGUGAGUGUAUGGAUGAUCUGGAUGAGAGCAGAAGUGAUGAUCUAAAGCAGCUGCUGCGAGAUUAUUUCGAUAAGAGGAGAAAUCUGGACCUGAGCAAAGACUGUCAGGAUGAAGAGGAGGAUGAGGAAGAGUCUCUCAAUAAAUGCAAGAUGAGAGACUGGGAGGCUCAGAUCUGUGCUGAUAUCCGAGGAUUCCUGGCCAGCCGCAGUGAUGAGAAGUUCUCCGGUCGAGCCGUGGCCAGAAUAUUUCACGGCAUCGGAAGUCCAUGUUACCCGGCACAAAUAUACGGCCGAGACCGCAGAUACUGGAGGAAAUAUAUUCAGUUUGAUUUCAAUGAGAUCAGACGCUUAGCUACUCAAGAGAUCAUUAGAACAAGGUAACAAAAUGCCUUGUUCACGGACACGUUACUUGAAUAUACAUGUAUUUAUUUUUGAUGUUUGUCGUUGUUGUACAUUUUUCUUGUUCUUUGUCAUAUUUUACUGAAGUUAUAACAUUUUAUAUGACUUUAU